ACAGCUCUAUUAGUGAUGAAUAUCCGACGAGCGAAGAUCUGUCGGAUUUGUCGAGCACCGGACAACGACGACCUGAUCUCGGUACAACUGAUCCAAGAAAGCGUCACCAUCGCGCGGAUGGUUGAGGGCCUGACCGGAAUCGAGGUGAUGGCUGAUAGAAAUCUUCCGCAAAACAUUUGCCUUCAGUGUCUGGAACGAUUACGUAGUGCAUAUCAGCUUCGUCAGCAAUGCAUCGAGUCGGAUCUGUUGUUGAGGAGGGAGAUCUACCCGGAUCGCGAUCGCUUGGAAGCAGACAAGGAUGAACCGAAAGGCAUGGUGAAAUUAGAAAUUGAAGCAUUGGACGAGAAUGUAACCGAAGCGGCGGAGGAGGAGGAGGUUGAAGAGAACACAGCUAAGGAAGAUGAACGCCAUGAAAUGUUGAUUGUGAAUGAUGUGGAAUCGAAUGAAAGAAUUGAUUUGAAAAUAAUAUUGGAAGACGUAGAGGUGGAGCCAGCAGAAGAACUGACAAUAGAACACGAGGAUAGUAAAAUAGCAGCAGCACAGGAAUUGAUAGACAUCUUAGCUCCAGAAGAGGAGAGGAACGACGGAAAGCCCGGGAUGAUGUACUUGAAGCACUACGCUGAAACGGAUUAUGAAGUUUUGUUUCAAAGCGAUCACUACGAGCAGAUUAAGUUUAUCGCAGCUGGAUGCUGUGGUUGCUCUGAACGGUUUCAGGAUACAAAAGAUCUGCUGGAGCAUGGUCUGUUGGUGCAUCAAAAGGAUAGAAAAUGUGGUAAGAAACCUCUUCAUGAAUGUCCCAUAUGCUUCAGACAGUUUUCCAAAACAGAAGCCGUUGUGCUUCAUCGUAGUCACAUCGAUACCGACCGUUAUCACUGUCGAGAAUGCGAUAUACUACUCGACAACAGACGACGAAUGUUGCAGCAUCUAGAAAGAAGUCAUGCCAUCGUUGUAGAUAAUGAUGAAGGGGAAGAGUAUAGUGAGGAGGAAACAACCCAUGCUGGUGGACACACUCCAAGCUUAACACUCACAGCGUAUGGUAAAAAUCAAUACAGGUUGAUUGGUACGGAUAAAGAUUACGAUUUGGUAGAGUUCACAUGGUUUCGAUGUUGUGGUUGCGAAGAUAUGUUUGAAACUCGAGAAGAUUUCGAAGCGCAUUCGAAGCAACUGCAUUUACCGGAACGAGUUGAACAGGACGAACAGAAGCUAUAUGAAUGUAGCAUCUGUUACGAACGUUUUGAUAAGAAAGCAUCGCUUACGUUCCAUCGAAAUAGACCCAAUAAGCGACGCUUAGUUUGCCGGGUUUGCGAAGGAAUUUUCAAAGGUGAGAGCUAUCUGCGCAAACAUAUGGUCCACUAUCAUGGAAUCUCGUUAGGGAGCACCGACUGUCUUCAAUCGGUAUCGGUUGAAAACAUGGAAGUCGAUAAUGACGAAAAAGUGGCGAACUUAAGUGAUACUUACAGCAUACACGAAAUUGAAUAUAUCGAAGAUCUCCCGGAGGAGCUAACCGGUUUUCAAGAUCCAACUGAUGAUGACGAAAUAGAUUCUGGAGACGAUGAAGACGAGGACACUCAAAUGAAGGGAAUAAGCAAAUACGCAGCCACUAGGCAGCGCAAACAAAUGGCAUUCAUCCCGGGUAAUUUCAUCCGUGUCAUCGCAGAGCACGAUGGGUACAAUAUUGUCGAAAUAACGAAAGAGCGUUGCUGUUGUUGUCUCAAAUUCUUCGAUUCGUUGGACGAGAUAAACCAGCAUAUGGAAGAGCAUCAGGCCGAAUCCUUGGCUGAAGAACUUCCUCCUUCCAAAAGGUUGAUUCGAUAUGAAUGUGAGUAUUGUUUGAAAAAGUUCGAUAUCGCUAUGAUUUUUGUCAUUCACAAACGGAUUCGCGAGCAGAAACAAUUUUACCAGUGUCGGUUGUGUGAUUUCGUGAUCGAUUCCGAAUCACGGCUGAAAAAUCACAUGCUCUAUAACGACCAGCAUGCUAAGUUUUUCAACCUGAUUCGGGAGGAUGUCAGCGACCGGUACGAUACCGUAAAGCUCCCCGGCUUGCGGUGCUGUGGUUGUGGAUCAUACUUCGAAGAUGAAAGUGCUUUGGCUGACCAUUCGCGAAAGGAGCAUCCUCGAGAUCGAAAGAAGGAUUUCGUGAAGCGGAAACAAGUUUGUUCGAUCUGCGAUAGACGAUUCAACAAUGUUGGUGAAGUGGCCACGCAUCAGCAGAAGAAAGGGUCAACGAUUCGUUACUAUUGCAAACUUUGCGACUUUGAGUCCCCCAGCGAAGCACGGAUGCUAAAACAUCUGUACAGUUCAAUUCACAACGAAUCACUUCCAUCGAUCGAGGUGAAGCAAGUCGAAGUCGGUUAUCGAAAACCAGGUUCGAUACGGUACUGCUGCUUCGGAGAGUGCUGCCUCCCGUUCCAUGACAUCGGUAAGCUACAGGAACAUGUCGAAGAGGUCCACCGGCGGGAAAGGGAAGCCAACAUUGGUACGGCGGAAGGGGAGAGUUCCACGAAUCGGUGGCAGUGCGAUUGCUGCUACCGGAUGUUUCGGACAGUAACGAUUCUCAAACAGCAUCAAUUUGCCCAUCGGGUACCGAAGAGCUUUGUCUGUGCGGUCUGUGGAGAAGCUAAACCAAAUAAGACGGCGCUGACGACGCACGAGAUGAAACAUACCGGAAAAAGGCCCUUUGCCUGCAGUCUGUGUGAUAAGCGCUUCACAUCUCGAACCAUCCUGAACUCCCACAUGAAGUGCCACUUUCCCAAGCAGUACCAAUGUACCGAAUGUGGGGAAAAAUUUGCACGUGGUGAAAAUCUCAAACGCCACAUCCGCCAUCGCCACUCGGAGGCCACCUUCUGCUGCAGCUACUGUCCCCGGAAGUUGAAAACACGCGAAGCGCAGAUCCUGCAUGAACGCUCCCACACUGGGGAGAAACCGUUCCAGUGUCGUACGGACGGCUGCGACAAGCGAUACGCCAGCAUUACCGACCGACGACGGCAUGAGAUGGCCAGCCACACGGGCGAACGGCCUCACAAGUGCACCUUCUGUGCCGCAUCAUUCGUUCGGAAACGUCAACUGACGAUUCACGAACGGAAACACACUGGAGAGCGACCAUUCGCCUGCGAUCGAUGCGGAAAGGGUUUCAUCGACACGCCGCUGCUGAAAAAACACACGUGUUGAACAGUAGCUUCGGACGUAA